CCUUGUCAAGUUCGAUGCAGCCUAUAUACUCUGUGCACCCGCGAUGCUCUGACCCGGGUGGGUAUGGGUAGGCCUCUGAAAGUUUCAGUACCCGCGGGUCGGGUGUGGGUAUGACCCGGGUCGACCCAUGUCAUACCCUAGGGCCCGUGUCCAAAAUGAUUUCUUAGACUUCGAACCAUUCGUUGAUAGCGCAACUACUGGCCACACAAGUACCUUAGAUUUUCUUUCUUUCUUUCUUAGACGCACCAUCAUGGCGUCCUCAACCAAUAUUAAGGUUGUUUGUCGGUUUCGGCCCCAAAAUGCUCUCGAACUCAGAGAGGGCGGCGAUAUCGUAGUCGCCUUCGAUGAGAAUCUUCAGACCGUGCAGAUGAAGAACUCGCAGGCCGUUUCUGGGCCAGAGAAGGAUGGAUUCACAUUCGACAGAGUUUUUCUGAUGGGCACAAAACAACACAAAGUAUUCGAUUACGGUGUUAAAGACAUUGUGAAAGAUGUCCUGGAUGGCUACAAUGGCACGGUCUUUGCGUAUGGCCAGACUGGUAGUGGAAAGACAUUCAGCAUGAUGGGCGCGGACAUUGACUCUUCGGAUCUGAAGGGAAUUAUACCCCGCAUCACGGAACAGAUUUUUAAAUCAAUCGUGGAAUCGAACUCUCACCUUGAAUAUGUCGUCAAGGUAUCCUACUUGGAAAUCUACCUUGAACGCAUACACGACCUCCUUGCCCGUAUGUAGGGCAUCCCUGCACCAGGCAUGGUUAGCUAGCCCUCUGUGGCCUCUCUCGUCUAUUCAUUGGAUCGGUAUGCUGCACAGUAUGAGGUGCCCUCGCUGGUUUAUGUGAGUUCAUUCUGUCUCUGCACCAAGCACUCGCUUAAUCAUCGAGAUUCAUCCCUCAACAUCAGCUCUAUUUAAGCCAGGAAUGACUUGUAUCAU